AUGAUGUUAAGAGGUGUUUUACGAACUCGUGGAGCAGGCAGUACAUGUGGGCGUUUUUGCGUUGCAAGUUUGACGAGGAAGAAUACAAUCAAACAAUUUAGUGGACUAGCAAAGUCUGAGGCCCAGAAUACACUCUUUAAGGAUGUUCCUGUUUUCAACACUUGUGUCUGCCGCUCAAUGUUUAUUCAAACACAGGAUACACCCAAUCCCAAUAGCUUAAAGUUUUUACCUGGAACAAAAGUCUUGGAGCCGGGUCAGACAAUGGAUUUUCCUAAUAUUGGAGCUGCUCAGUGCAGUCCCUUAGCGAAAAUGAUAUUUCGUAUAGAUGGUGUAAAGGCAGUUUUCUUUGGAGGUGAUUUUAUAACAGUUACUAAAAAGGAUGAUGACACUGACUGGAGGCUUCUAAAACCUGACAUUUUUGCUACUAUCAUGGACUUUUUUGCUAGUGGAUUACCUAUUGUCAUUGAUGCUAAACCUUCUAGUGAUACUCAAGCAAACGAGGACGACGAUGAAAUAGUCCAGAUGAUAAAGGAACUGCUGGAUACACGUAUCAGACCUACAGUCCAGGAAGACGGUGGUGAUGUUCUGUUCGUAGACUUCAAGGAUGGUAUACUCAGGCUUAAAAUGCAAGGUUCCUGUUCCUCGUGUCCUAGUUCUAUAGUCACCUUGAAGAAUGGGGUUCAAAAUAUGAUGCAGUUCUACAUCCCAGAGGUAGUAGCGGUCGAACAAAUCGAUGACGACGGUGAAAAACUAAGCGAGAAAGUGUUUAAAGAAUUUGAGGAAUUGAAAAAGAAAAAUAACAAAAGCGAAUGA